AUGAUUCAUUGGCCAUGGUCAGGUAGCGACAAGCCGCCUGCAUGGCUGGCCUUUCGCUCCUCCUCGAUAAUCAUCACAGUCACCGUCAGCUUUGCUGUAUUCACCGAUGUCUUCCUCUAUGCCGUCGUUGUCCCCGUGAUUCCAUUCACGCUCGAGUCUCGCAUUGGCGUCGCUUCUAACAAAGUUCAAUAUUGGGUAUCGGUUUCUCUCGCCGUGUUUGCCGUGUCCUUGUUCACCUCAUCUCCAUUCUGGGGAUGGAUGGCCGAUAAAUACCAAAAUCGCCGCGUUCCAAUGCUCGUUGGUCUUCUGUGGCUUCUCGCCGCCACGCUACUUCUCUGCUUCAGCAGCAACAUUGCCAUGCUACUAAUAGCCCGUAUCCUACAAGGUCUAUCGGCGGCCAUGACGUGGAGUGUCGGCCUUGCGCUUCUCAUUGACAGCGUCGAUAAAAACCACGUUGGUCGUGCUGCGGGGUGGACGAGCACAGCACUGACACUUGGCAUCUUACUCGGUCCGCUGGUAGGAGGCAUCGUCUAUGAUAGAGCCGGCAACUACGCCGUCUUUGGUAUUUGCUUCGGCCUAAUUGGCAUUGACAUUGUCUUGCGCUUGAUGAUUAUAGAGGUCAAAGAUGCUAGGAAGUGGAUUUCCGAAGAGUCGGUGUCCAUGACCACCCCGGAGACUGCCGCUGAGAUGACAGCAGGCGAAUCAAGCGCAGAACAAGAUGCGUCAGCCACAGAUCCAACAUCUCCCACCAGACAAACCAGCAUAGAGCCUAGCGGCGUUGAAGAGGGUGCCGGCGGGAAUACAAGGAGACGAUCGAAAGGCGCAUUCUCGAUUGGAGGACAAAAUGGAAUGUUGGGACUGUUGAAGAAACGACGCAUGCUCUGUGCCCUCUUUGGCGUCAUCAUUCAAUCCGCUACACAGACAUCCUUUGACGCCAUCAUGCCGCUUCAGGUCCAUGACGUUUUCCACUGGAAUGCCAUCGGUGGCGGCCUCAUCUUCCUUCCCAUCGUGCUCCCUACCUUUCUCGGCCCUCUGUUCGGCGGCCUCAGUGACAAGUACGGCCCUCGCUGGUUCACGGCCGGCGGUUUCCUGUUCUCUGUUCCCUUUUUCGUGUGCUUUCGCUUCGUGACGGAAAACACCAUCAACCACAAAGUCAUGCUUUGCGGGCUGCUGGUCGCCAUCGGCCUCGGCGAGGCGCUUCAGGUAGCGCCCCUCAUGGCGGAAAUCUCGUGGGCCGCCGAGGAAGGGCGCGACGACGCCGGGGAAGAGGCGGCCACCGUGCCGUACGCGCAGGCCUACGCGCUCUACAAUAUCUCGUUUGCGGCGGGCGCCAUUGUCGGCCCGCUGCUGUCGGGCAUGGUGCGCAAGAGCGCUGGGUUCGGGACUGUGGGAUGGUGCCUGGCGCUUAUCAACGGCUUCGCGGCGCUAGUCAUGCUCAAUUGGGUAGGCGGUGCGCCGCUGUACAGCUUCAGACAGGGUAUAAAGCAAAAGAGUUCGAAAGCAACAGGUGAUUCGACCACGACGAACGCUGAAGGUGGACAGCUGAGCGACGUCAAGGACAAGCCCCAAGGAGAGACGACGGCGGCGGCGCAGUAA